GUCAUUAAUUCUUCACCUGUGCACCAAAACAAUUUUAAUUUUUUUUUUAAAAAAGAAAAUGACAUUUAAAGCCAGGUAAAGAACUGGUGGAGAAAUCAAGCAUAGAAAGCUCGAGAAGCAGAAGGCACCCGCCCCGCAUUAAGCCAUCAUCACCAGUAAAACCAUGGAGAAUCAUAAGCAAGAAGAACAAGAGCAGGGAGGGCUAACAACAUUCAAAGCAAGAGAAUUAUUUUCAUCAAACAUAAUUCUCAGCUUGAUAGCAGUAGCAAUAUGGCUUGGUUCAAUCCAUUUUGUAGUUCUUUUAGUUAUUUUUUCUCUCCUUUUUCUCUCUUUCUCCAAAUGUCUCCUUGUUUUCGGAUUGCUUUUGUUGCUAGUUUUCGUUCCAAUUGAUGGUGAUAACAAGUUGGGCCGUCGCCUUUGUUGGUAUAUAUGUAGACAUGCGUGCUGCUAUUUUCCGGUGACUUUACAUGUUGAGGAUAUAAAUGCCUUCCAUCCUGAUCGUGCUUAUGUCUUUGGUUAUGAGCCACAUUCAGUUUGGCCCAUUGGGGUCGUUGCAUUAGCAGAUCAUACAGGUUUCAUGCCUCUCCCAAAAGUAAAGGUCCUUGCUAGUAGCGCUGUUUUCCUCAUGCCAUUUUUGAGACAUAUAUGGACAUGGUGUGGUCUUACAUCUGCGACAAAGAAAAAUUUUACUUCCCUUCUGUCAGCUGGUUAUAGUUGCAUUGUAAAUCCAGGUGGAGUACAAGAGACAUUUUACAUGGAGCAUGAUAAUGAGAUCGCUUUCCUCAAGUCAAGAAGAGGGUUUAUCAAGAUAGCCAUGGAGAACGGUGCACCCUUGGUUCCAGUUUUCUGCUUUGGUCAAUCAAAAGUGUAUAAAUGGUGGAAACCCAGCGGAAAGUUAUUCUUGAAAAUUUCUAGGGCAAUUAAAUUCACUCCAGUUGUCUUUGGGGGAAUUUUUGGGACUCCCUUGCCCUUCCAACGCCCGAUGCAUAUCGUGGUUGGUAGACCUAUUGAGCUUAAGCAAAAUCUUCAGCCCACUGUGGAAGAGCUCGCCGAAGUGCACAGUCAGUUUGUUGCCGCACUGGAAGAUCUCUUUAAAAGGCACAGAGCACGGGUUGGGUUUGCUGAUCUUGAAUUGAAAAUUCUAUAAUUUGACUACACAACUUAGACCUGUUUCAGAAUGUAUCUUUUUUACAUUUAUUUAUCUUCUUCUAUGUUUUCUUGUUUA